GUACAAAAUGCUUUUAUUUUUUAUGUGGAAUUAUUGUGGAAUAAAUUGUAGCUAGCUGUUUUUCUCAAUGCUUGAAUGUUGAAUCAGAUCGUCACUAAAUUGGAAUAUAUUGAAAAAAAACAAGUAGCCGACAAUUGUUAAACUAAAAAGGUAGGUAGUAGUACUAGUAGUAUGUGAGACCAGAAAAACAGUUUCAUUUGACCUGAGCUACAGUCUCAGUUUUCAUGUCCAAUAAUAACAUGAGAACUGUUUUUCUCUUCUUCAACCUGUAUGUUUAUUGGUUGCUAAUAUGUUCUUCAUUGAUGUGUUUAGCAGGAGAUACUUUGAAAGCAGGCCAGAAGAUAAUAGCCAAUGAAAAUGAAACCAUUCUUGUUUCAGCUGAAAAAAUAUUUGAACUAGGCUUCUUCACUCCAAACAUCAUCACAAGUGAUUCACAAAGAUACUUAGGUAUAUGGUAUCACAUACAAGAAGUAUCAGAACAACCUCAGAAAAAAACAGUUGUAUGGGUUGCAAACAGAGACAACCCUGUAGCUGUUAAUUCAACUGGUGUUUUCCAAAUAGCAGAAGAUGGAAAUCUUAUUGUUGUAGACACAUCUGGUAAUAAUAUAACAUACUGGUCAUCCAAUUCCAAUGUAAAACACUCUUCUAUUUCUUCGCCGAAAAACAGGACGGUGAAGCUUAUGGAUUCUGGUAACCUUGUGUUACUAGAAGAUGAUGAACAGAAGGAAGUAAAACUCUGGCAGAGUUUUGAUAAUCCAUCUGAUACAUUCCUACCAGGAAUGAAGAUGGAUAGGAAUUUGAAUCUAACAAGUUGGAAAAGUGCUGAUGAUCCAGGAAGUGGAAAUUUCAGUUUUAAGAUGGAACAAAUUAGUGGGCUUGAUCGUUUUAAGAUCUUAAACUUCGAUGAAAUCUAUUGGGAGAGCGAAGAGUACGGAUCUUUGACUUAUGAUUCGAAGAUUGAUCAAUCUGAUGAUAUCAGCUUAGAGGUUUACAAUCUGUUGACCAACUUCACUUUACCUAUACUGAGAAAACUAAUUUAUAUGAACACUUACGACAAUACAAGGUUGUUUCUUGAUUCUCAAGGAGUGAUUCAGUGGGGGAACAAUUUGUUGGUAGGUGGAAAUUUAUUGGUUAGGUGGAAACAGCCAAAAACCAAAUGUUUCAGAUAUGAUUUUUGCGGAAACUUUGCUAGCUGUAACGACGAUGAUUUUGAGCCAUGCAAAUGUUUACCUGGAUUCUAUGAUGAUUACUCAGUAGAUGGAGAUUCUUCUCUACGAGACAAGCUACGUUGUGCGCGGAGAAAAUUAGCAUCAUGUACCAGAAAUGAUACGGUGUUUCUAAACUUGACACUGAUUAAAACAGGAAGACCUGAUGAAAAAUUCAAUGUGGAAUAUGUAGAAGAUUGCAAAUCUAUAUGCCUCGGGAGAUGUCCACAGUGCCAAGCUUACUCAUAUGCUCCACCCUCGACUGAUCGCCAGCGUAUUGGUCUUGUUCCUUCAAACUGCUGGAUCUGGACACACAAUUUAACUACUCUUAAAGAAAACUACACCGAUGGGGAUGAUGAUCGUAGACUCUUUGUCUUAGUUGACAAAUCAGAUAAAGAACCAACGCCAAGAACUUGUGAGCCUUGUGGUACAAACAAUGUCCCUUAUCCGCUUAGUACCGGAUCCAAUUGUGGAGACCUCAAAUACUUAAACUUUAAAUGCAACACUUCGACAGGUCAGCUUAACUUCAUCACAAAGAACGAAGUUAGUUACAGAGUUAUCCGUGUAAAACCUAUUUCAAGAAAAUUUACCAUUCAUAAUGAGGAUGAUUCUUUUUAUCGAAGUUGUGGUGAUGGAUCUGACCGCACAGGAAAUCUGAAGGUUUCUUCCCCGUUUCACAGUGACAAUUCGUGCUUGGAACAAGUGGAAGUUAGUUGGGAGCCACCUUCCGAAGAACCUGUUUGUGAUAACUCUUUUGAUUGUCACGGUUGGAAAAAUUCUACUUGCAGUAAAGGAAAUAAGUGUCUUUGCAAUGCAAACUAUCAUUGGAGUGGCAAGAUUUUAAGUUGUACCGACAGUUUUUUAGAACCUACAUCGUCUCCUAAUGCUACAAAUGAGUCAACAAAAGGAAACUCCAAAAGCUCACUCCCUUUGAUUCUUGGCUUAACUCUUACUGCAGUGAUUAUUCUAGCUUGCAUAAUUAUUUUUGCUUAUGUAUGCAGACGGAGAAUAGUUCAUAUCGUUAAAAAAGAGAAAGAAAGCAUACAGAGAAAUAUUAGAGGGGGCUUUUAUGACAGUGAAAGACACGUGAAGGACUUGAUAGACAUGGAGGGAUUGGAAGAGAAUGACAAUGAAGGAAUUGAGGUUCCUUAUUUCGAUUUCGAGAGCAUAGUAAUGGCUACAGAUGACUUUUCAGAUGCAAAUAAGCUUGGAAGAGGUGGUUAUGGGCCAGUGUACAAGGGUAAACUUCAAGGUGGUCAAGAAAUUGCGGUAAAGAGGCUUUCAAGUGUUUCUUCACAAGGAUUACAAGAAUUCAAGAAUGAGGUUGUUUUAAUUGCAAAACUUCAACAUCGAAAUCUUGUUAAAUUACGGGGAUAUUGCGUUAAAGGAGAAGAAAAAAUUCUACUGUAUGAAUACAUGCCUAACAAGAGCCUGGACUUAUUGAUCUUUGAUCCUACAAAAAGCAUAAUUUUGGAUUGGCAAAUGCGGUUUGAUAUAAUUCUUGGAAUUGCUCGUGGAAUGCUCUAUCUUCAUCAAGACUCGAGAUUGAGAGUUAUUCAUCGAGAUUUAAAAACUAGCAACAUUCUCCUAGAUGAGGAGAUGCAACCAAAGAUAUCAGAUUUUGGUUUGGCAAGAAUAUUUGGAGGAAAAGAAACCGAGGCAAACACAGAGAGGGUUGUUGGUACAUAUGGAUACAUGUCUCCCGAGUAUGCAUUGGAUGGACAAUUCUCUACAAAAUCAGAUGUUUUCAGUUUUGGUGUUGUCUUGCUCGAGAUCAUAAGUGGAAAAAAGAACACAGGAUUCUUUCAAACAAAAGAAAUUUCAAGUCUUUUGGGUUAUGCUUGGACACUAUGGCAAGAGGAAAAGUUGCAAGAUUUAUUAGACCAAUCUAUCUGUGAUACUUACAAUGCUAACCAAUUUAUUCGGUGUUCACAAAUCGGACUCUUAUGCGUACAAGAUGAACCAGGAGAUCGACCAAACAUGUCAAAUAUUGUAACAAUGCUAGACAAUGAAACUACAACGCUCCCAACCCCUAAACAACCAACCUUUUUUAUGCGAAAAAACCUAUCUAACACGGGUUCUUCAAGUCUGCAGCAUGAAAGUAGCAUUCAAGAAGGCCGAUAGGAGAUAAAAUGUGGCUCCAAUCGGACACUUCAGCAUCAAAAUCUUGUUGAAGCAAACAAUAGUUAAUUUUAUUGCAUUACUUUUAAAUUGUACCAAAAGUUCAAAUUCAUGUUAUUUUUUAGCAAAAUUGUAUUGCUAAUGUAACGAGCAUAACAAUAACAAUAGGAUCACUAAUGUGCAGUAAGAGUGUUACACUAAUUGGUUGCCCAUGUCAUAAUGUCCUUAGGAACAUGGAACCUCCUAAUAUGGCAUUUUGCCAUGGUAUGCCCCUAUUGAAACAAUAAUGACAGAUUAUGUGUGGAAGGUGUAAAUUGUGGUCAUUUUGUAUGGCCUCUUAAAAGGCAUGUUAAGCUUUUUAGAAUCUACAAA